UCUACAUUUUUGUUGCUGUUUUUUUUCCUUAGUUUUUAUCUCUGGUUUCGAUGUUGUUUUUGAGUACCACGCAAAACAGGCUCUGACAAAAUUUUAUCGAUGUAGAUAUCUGCUCAUGUAUAUUCAUUCAGUUUUGUUCGGUUAUUAGCUUGCAGACAUGGAAGUACCGCUUAUAACAAUUGUGGAGAAAAAUGUAAGUGUCACUUCGGCAGUUUGAUCAACUGCAUUCGAAUAAGGAAAGAAUUCACAGCCAUGUCAUUGGAAGAACGUAGGCGCUAUAUCAGCGCUAUAAAAAGAGCUUCAACUGACCAGCGAUUUAGAAGAGAUUACGAAAACCUGAUCAAUAUGCAUCAAAGGCUUUUUUUCGAGUUAAUCCAUGAGGCACAGCAGUUUCUUCCUUGGCAUCGCUGGUUCAUACUCCAAUACGAAAAUCUUCUUCGGAGGGUCGAUUGUAAGGUUACUGUUGCCUUCUGGGAUUGGAGUCUUGAUUCCAACCCAUGGGACGCAUCAAACGAGCAGGAACUUUGGCACAGUGGUGACUCUGGGUUUGGUGGGAAUGGCCGGAGAGGCUGUGUGCAGGAUGGACCUUUCAGACAGGGUGUUUGGUCUGCCGUGUCACCUACUGGACAGAAGUGCUUAAACCGCGAAUUUAGGGGUAUUCCUCCCGACGCAGUCGCAGUGCGAGAAGUUAUUCUUCAGAAUAAUUUCGUGAACUUUGAAAGACAACUCAGGGUUAACCUCCACGACCAAGUGCAUUGUCUGAUUGGAGGUACCAUGUGCUCAAUUGAGUCUGCAUCUGCUCCGGAGUUCUUCCUUCAUCACGGUUUCAUCGAUAAAAUCUGGGAUGACAGGCAAAAGAGGACCAGGAACUACGCAUGGCGACAAGAAUCGCUGAUGGGUAGCGGAGGAGUCCAAGCCACAGCGGUGACCAAUCUCUCUCAACAACCAGGAGGCGUACGAGUUGAGUAUGAGGCGUCCCAGAGGGAAAACAGAAUAAUGAGUCGACUAAAAGGCAAGAGUAUCGAGCAAUUGCAUAACACAAAACGCAAGUCGUUUACUAACCUCCUGGAAGCGUCGCUCCGUCUGUUCCAAGUAAGCGCAGAAGAAGCCAAAAAGGUAAAGGAAGACGAGAAGAUACUUCAGCCUGUGAGUGCUGGUUAGGAAGAAGAGGUGGUAACAGCCAGAUCAAUGAAACAUCGUACUUAGAACACAACUUUA